GGAUCGUUGAUAUGCACGGACUCGAGAUUCGUCGUACAGGAUGGUACCGGUGAAGAGAGGUUGGCGGGACUUCCACGUCCCCGGCCAGACGAUGCCUCGCUUUCACCGGCAUGAUCACCAGUGAUACGGCCUCGGCACCGCUAGAUUACGAUAUCGAUAGGGCCACCGGUGUCGAGCUAUUUCCGAAGGAUUCCUCACCUCAAUCAGUGCGGUCUACUAUAACAUACCAACAAGAGCUCGCGAGUCGGCUUCUACGCCAACGCUACCGUCGGCUAGGUCCCCCAACUUACGUCUUGGGGAUAAGUAACCCACUCGUUGCACUUCAAGGACAGUCGGUCAAGUAUUGUGCCGACAGGGGAGUUGAUUAGCUGUCAUUCUACGCGUUCCGUCGGGGGAUAUGUCUAUCGAUAUAUGUGAUACCGGACGAAGAUUCAAUAUCCUAUUUAAUAGCUCAAUCCCUGAGACUAGCGAGCAUUGAGCCGCUUCUCCCAAUCCUAGCUAUGGGUUCCGCUAACAGCGUUUACAUGGCGAACGCCAGCGAAAAGAAGAUCUGGGUCUUGAUCGCCCUCAAGCCCGAGUGGAUGCUCGUUGACGUCUUUGUCGAUAUCGCGCUGCUCGUCGUCGCCGCCGGAGAACUGAAGGCCAUCGUUCACGCAGGGGAACUUCCCGAGGAGCUCGUCACGAUUGGCGACCUGCUUAAGUUCAUGUGGGUCGCCGUCAAGCUUCUGUGGGCCAGCAUCGGCGCCGCAACGCGCCCUGCCGACGCCGUCCUUUCCAUGCUCGACGCGUUCAAGAGCGUCUCAUCACCAAUCGAGUACGGCGACGCACCCGACAUCAACGACGAGAGCUUCCUCAACUACCUCAACGUCGACGGCUGGGCGGGGCUCUUCGGCGCGAAGACGCUGAACGUGAUGGUGAUGAGCGACGAUGGGCACCAGUUCGCGUUCUACGACACCAACAACGACCACUCUUGGAUCGCGACCAACCACGAUGCGAUCGUGCGCUCGAAGUACGGCUCGCUUUGGCAGGAGGACCCCGAUGCGGGAUACAUCCGCUGGCCUUCUCCACCUCCUCCUCCGCCGCCGCCGCCUCCCCCUGGUUCAUGCAGGUGCGGUGGUCAUUGUCCUUGGUCACACGGGCGCUUUGUAUGUUGUUGUGGCGGUAGCGACUGCUACUGCGUAUGAGCGGAGUUGGUUAAAUUUGCAUCGUUGGCGGUUAGGAAAUUGUGUAGCAGAUUCAUGUAACAUCCC